AUGAAACUGAACAGCCAAGGAGAUGAUGCCAAGGGCAGCGAUGUCCUGUGGGAAUCCCUUUAUAAUGACUUCAACGAAAUUACAAAAACGAACAAGAGACACUGCAAUUAUAUUGAAAAUAGUUUGUACAACUUUUGCAAAGGGGUGAGUUCAUCAGAUAACCUAAGUUACAAUUUGAAAAAUAAAUCAAAUGAGUGGCUGCUUGCUAACCAUUCGAAAGAUGUUACAGGAGCGGCGGCUGCUGUAGGAGGAGAGGAGAAUGGGGGAAGCGGAGACAGUCCCAACAGGGGUGUAUCGCGUAACCUUGCCAUCCAGGUAUACUUAAACAAAAAUGACAAACAGGAAGAAGAGGAACCGUUUUCCCACAAAGAUAAUGAUGCAGAGAGUGUGAACAACCACCAUGCUCUACUGGAUGAUCCAAAAAGUAUGAACUUACGCAGACGACAUUCUUCAUUUCAACCUGGCAAUGAUUAUUGUGAUGGGCAGUACGUGAGAAAUAACAUCCUCGAUGUUGAAAAUGAUUAUUUGAAAAAUGAAACGUAUGUCAGUUGCACGGAUAUGUUGAACAGUGAAAAGACGAGACAAUCGGAGUUUCAAAAUAAUAAUAGUGCGAGUUUACUUCUGCGGGAGAAGAGAAGUGCUAGUGAUGUGAAUGGUGGCGGGGUAGGUAGUCAGGUUGGCGAUCAGGUUGGUGGCCAUUUGGGUACCCACGCGGAUGAUCAGUUUGACUCCUCGUUCCGCAAUGGCAGCAUGUUCAAUCUGAUGAAAUAUAAUGCUGCUCUGAAGGGGGUCGGAAUCGAUGGAGGGAUUAGUUUACACAAUGGAAGCAGAAUCGGCCAUAACAGCCACUCACAUAAGAACAUGAAUAUAGGAGUUGGUGCACUCUCCACUUCUGAUCAGAAUUAUUAUGACAAUAUGAAAUCGAGAAGUUUGCAUUUGACUGACCCAAAGGGAGGGAAGAAGGGGUUGUUUGCUAAAAGGGAGGAUUAUACCUACCUGUUGAGUAAUAAGAAAAUUUGCGACAGUGUGUCUGUAGGGGGGAGAGAACUGGAAAGGGGACACAAUAAUAGUACCCUUUUAGGGUUCGUCCCGUUUGAUAGUCGCAGAGGGGGAAGUGGAAGACACAGUCUCUUUCCUAAUAUGAAUAAGUACAGAAAUUUUACCGUACAGUCGGAUGAAAAUUUGACCUGCCCGAGCUUCAGCUAUCGUCGCAGCGAUCUGGAGGGAAGCGUCAUAGGAGGAAAAGGAGGUUUUACGGUUGACAUGGAGCCGCAACUGGGAAGAGGUGGUACGAAUGAUGAGUAUCAAUAUGACGAACGUGGAAGUACCCAUCAGGGGCGCCAUGAAGACAAUCGGGCGAGUUACAACUCGUUGGAGAAACUGGACCAGCUGCUGAAAAGCAAAUGCAAAUAUAUGAGCAACAACAAGCUAAGCGAACUUGAUCUUUUAUUUAAAAAAAAAAACAAAGCACACAAUGAACACUUGAGGAAAUCUUUCAUCAGUUGUGAUAAUUACAAAAUUGAUUCUGUUAUGUCGGAGACCUUUAAUAGAAACACUGAAAUGGAUAAGAGCGAGUCUCCUGCCGCUUCCGAACAGAUGGACGAUAUUAGCCACAACCAACUUAUAAGCAGAUCCCAGCGGUUAAUUGAAAUAAGUAAAAAAUGCCUCAGUGUGAGGUACUCUGAUUUGGGUCAGUACGAUCAGAACGAGUUAUAUGCACGAUUGGAUAAAAGAAAACAUGGCACCAGCGUGUCAGGUGUAAGUUAUAACAACGUGAUUGAUGAGGAUGAAUGUGGGUCAGUUUUCUCUGCACAAAAGCUAAUUGGAAAAGAAGGUGCCAUUAGUAAUAAGCAUUAUGGCCGUGCAUAUAAUUAUACCAACGGGGAGCUGGAAGAGAUUCGCUGCAACUUUCUUGGGGGCAAGGGCGGUAGCAUCAUCAACGGGAAAGACGCGAGGGGGCAGAUGGCUGAGGAGCAAAAUAGCAAAAGUGUUAGUAAGCUGUUUGAAGCAUACGACAAGGACAAAAUUUCCAACGUUAGUGCAGCUGUGGUGGGUAAUGCGCUGAGAGGUAAUCCUGAAGUGGAGUCUUCUCUCGGCGGAGGCAAAAUGAAUAAGAAUAUAAAUAUGGGUCUUAGAGGUGAUGUUGUUGGACGUGGCAUCCGGAAAGGAGUCCACAGUAACGAGUCCUUCUGCGGUAACAGCCAACUGAAUGAAGGAAGUCACAUUGGUAAAAACGAAACGGCUGGAAAGGUAGCUGAGGGAGGGUUAAAUAUGUCCUCGUGUGAUAAUUACGACACUCAGGAAGGAGCACAAGGGAAAAAAAAGAAAAACCAAAACAAAAGCAAUGUAGAUAAUAGUGUUGCUGAGAAUGCAGAAAAAGUAUUACCCCAGAGCGGUGACUCGAAAGAUGAUCAAGAGGGUAACAGUCCCAAUACGGGAUUCAACUUGGCGAGCAUAAAAUUUCCCGGAGAUGAAGAGGAAGAGAAUUGUGCGCCCUGCAAUGGUGACGUAAACAAGGAUGCAACCGCUAAGCAUGAGGAGGAGGAUGGUGAGCUCCAGGGGAAGGGCAAAAACGACGUGUAUAGUUACGAGGCAGAGCAGGAAGAGGAUGAGGCAGGAGGUAAUAAUAAUAAUAACAUACCUCAUGGGGAAGAAAACGUUAGUGAGAAAGUUGGCAAGCGGGAUGAAUAUCUUUCCAAGGGAGACACCAACAGUGUAAUCACGAACUGUAGUUCCAGUGUGCGUAAUUUUAUUAAACACCCAGACUUUGCAAAAUUGUAUUACAAUCAAAAGAAGGAGAAAGUACCCUACGCAGAGGAAAGAAAAAUAAGUGAUGAUCAACAGAAGGCACUUGAGCAAUGCUAUGACACCAUUAACCAUGCCAAUGAUGUGAAGAGACUCUUUCGAGAAAAAAAUUUUUUACAAGACUUGUGUGAAAAGAGAAAAGUCAUGAUACAAAAAAGCAAAAUUGAAAACACCAAGCUGAACGUGGAGAUUAAGUCGCUACUGAGUUUUAAUAAUAAUUUGAGUUACGCAUUGAAGGAGAAGGAGGCGGAAAUUAAAAUGUUGAAGAAGCAAAAGGAGGAGCUUGAAAUGAAUUUAAUGAAACGAAUAAACAAUAACGGUAGCACCCAGUAUUCCCUCCUGAGUAACUUCACGUCUGUACCUGCGCUUUGUAAAAAUGACAGAUUUAGUGGGGUGCAGAGUGAUAGCGGCACGUGCCACCUGUUGCGCAACAGAAGCAGCUGCACCAUUUUAAAUAACCUCGCCGAUGUCAACGCCAGUGCCAGUGUCAGUAGUGGAGGAGGUAAUCAGCCCGCCCUCAUAGAGAGCUAUGAGGAGAAGAUACAAGAGCUCCUUGCGCAGGUGAAGAUGUACCAGACGAAGAACAGCGACUUGCAGGAACAGCUGCGCGUUUUUAUGAGCGAGUAG